AUGGCCGCAACACUGUUCGAUGCCACGCGAAACUACUCGCUCUACAGCAUCCCAGUAAUGUGGGCAAUUUCCAUCGCACCACACUUCUACGCCGCCUCCCUCGGCAAGUUCGACAACAAGCAGCCACGAACCUACACCAAGGACACCGAGAGCAACCAGAGCAUCGACAAAGCCACCAAAGGCACCAUCAUCCGUGCCGAAGGUGCGCAGCAAAAUGGCUUCGAGAACACCGGGCUGUUUGCUGCUGCUGUUGUCAUUGGUAAUGUUGCGAAGCUAGAUAAUGGCACGCUCAAUGCGUUGGCGGGAAGCUAUCUGGCCAGCCGAGUCGCGUAUAACUUGUGCUACAUCAAUGGCACUACUGAGGCUUUAGCUACUGGCAGGUCUGUCUCUUUCCUGGCAGGAAUCGGGAUUGUCUUCACUCUGUUCAUCAAGAGUGGAAAUGUGCUCUAUGGCCAGUUGUAG